AUGGGCAAAGCGAGCGACGAGUGCCCGUGCCGGAAGGCGCUGCUGCGCAAGAGCAUCUUCACCGCCGCCCAGGAUGGCGACCUCGACCACGUGCGCAGCUUCUUCGAGUGCCACAAGGCGCACCUCCAUGUGGACUUCGCCGAUGACUUUGGCUACACGUCGCUGCACUACGCUGCGCAAUGGGACCGCGUCGACGUCGUCGCGUACCUCUUGCAGAAAGGCGCGUCCGUCGACGCGCGUGCGUGCGGCGCCACGCCGCUGCAUCGCGCGGCCUUUCGCGGGUCGGCGGCCAGCGUCCGCCUCUUGCUCGCUUAUGGCGCCGACGCCAACCUGCCCGACACGUCCUUUGGCGACUUGCGCACUGCAUUGCACAAAGCAGCGAGCGAGGGCCACGACGACAUCGUGGCGCUUCUUCUAUCGGCGCAGGCGGAUCCGACAGCGCGCGACGCCGCGGGCAAGCUCUACGCCGACUGCCGCGCCGAUGACUGCAUCGCGCUUUGCACGACCACCACGGACCAUGCGAUGCACGACGUGGCAGAUCAUCCACUGCCACCGUCCGAGUCUAGUGAUCGUCCGGACGCCAUGCUGUCGCUCCCCUGA